AUAGUGAGCGUUCGGGCCGCGCGCCACGGACAGGACACAGGCUCCGUGCUCUUGUACAGGGUUGACCUACGUUUAUAAGGCUCGGGGAAACGUAUUAGUGCUAGCGUAGCAAUGGUGGUUUUCUGGGCAGAUGAAAAUAUUUGCACGGUUGUUCCGGAAUGACUGCUUCCGGAAGUGGACGUGUGCUAACAUUGCGUAUUUUUGUUCGUUUACUUGCGAUCCGUUGAGCGCGGUUGCAGAGGUCCAGUUGCUGUUUAUGGGCUGCGCGGCGGCUAAAAUCGCUACAAAUAGACGCAUCACGUUCCGGAUACGGGCAGUUCCGGAACGAGAUGUGUUUUUAGAGCUUCGACCCUUGUCUACACACCGUAGCAGAUUUAUUUAUUCUGCCAAGUUAUUAUUUUUAAUUUAUUUUAAAUGAUUCUAUAUUCAGUAUAUAUUUUUGGUAAACAUUUAUGUGGAAACGGUUUUAGAUGAAAUCAUAAAUAAAUACACAAUAAUAUAGAUUUUUGUAGUAAAUAAAAAAAUGUCUAGUUAUUUGAAGCUCCUUGUCAAACAAUAACAAAUGACUAAAACAUGGAAAUGCAUUGUUGAUUUAAAAAAAAAAAAAAAUUCUUUGUUGAUCAGUUUAUGAUGAUGAUGAUCGUUUUGAAUAUACGACUAUCCAUUACUAGGCCGUAACCACAUUUGAACAUUGGGGGUUGGACCAAAACAAUUAGGGCUAUAUAUUAAAAAGAUCAAAGUUUCUGGUUAUUGGGAGAGGCAUGUUUCCCUCAAUGUCUAUUGUGGUUACGGCCCUGAUCCAUUAACAAUCAUUUGUAUAGAUUGUAAAGUGCUGUCAAGAUUCUCUGCCCCACAUUGAACAAUGCACCUGCGGUAUAGCUCCUAAACUGUAUAAAUCGGUGAUGGAAGAUGUCAUCAGUGAAGUCCGUGAGCUUUUCCUGGAUGAGGGAGUUGAUGAACAGGUCCUGAUGGAGCUUAAAACGUUAUGGGAAAAUAAGCUGAUGCAGUCCAAAGCGGUGGAAGGGUUUCACACAGAUGAGCAGCACGCUUUGCAAGCUCAACAACAGCAGGCCCAACAAGCUCAGCAGACACAGCCACAAAACCAACCACAGCAAGUGCUCCUGCCUCCGCAGCAGGCUCAUCAGCAGCAGGUCAUUGUUCAAGAUCCCAAGCAUCUCCAGCACAUGAACACAACAGGAAUGAGUGCAGCAGCUACAGCGGCAACUUUGGCAUUACCCACAGGUGUAGCACAAUUUAUCACCCAUCAGGGUCAGCUCUUGCAGGUGGUCAGAGCGGCCAAUGGAACUCAAUACAUCAUUCAGCCUCAGCAGCAAAUGUUACUGCAGCAGCAGGUCCUGCCACAGAUGCAGGCUGGUGGAGUGCAGGCCCCUGUCAUACAGCAGGUGUUGACCCCUCUUCAGGGUGGAAUUUCUCAGCAGACCGGAGUCAUCAUCCAACCACAGCAGAUUGUCCUUACAGGAAACAAAGUCCCGCAGAACACUCAGGUCAUGCAGGCAGCGGCCAUGGCUGCACAGCCUGGACAAGGAGCUGCGCAGGUGCAGGCUCAACCUCAAGUGCAACCGGCACAGCAGCAGCAACAACAACAGCAGGCCUCGCAACAACCUCCCAUGAUGCUCCAGGUGGAUGGUGCCGGAGACACAUCCUCCGAUGAUGAUGAGGAGGAGGAGGAGUAUGAUGAGGAUGACGAUGAAGAUAAGGAAAAAGAUGGCGCAGAGGACGGACAGGUGGAAGAGGAGCCUUUAAACAGUGGUGAUGAUGUUAGUGAUGAAGAAGACCAGGAGCUGUUUGACACGGAGAAUGUGGUGGUUUGCCAGUAUGACAAGAUUCACAGAAGUAAGAACAAAUGGAAAUUUCACCUGAAAGAUGGGAUAAUGAAUCUGAACGGGCGGGAUUACGUGUUCUCCAAAGCCAUUGGAGAUGCAGAGUGGUAAAAGUCGAAAGCUCAAAACCCAAAACUGUCGGGGCGAGAUGCAACGAGACCUGAAACUGUACAUUUCAGGAGGAAUCUUCCCAGAUUGAGGACUGAAGAGUAAAAUCUCACUGCUACUGUGCUGUUUGAGUGAUAUCUGCACAAAAUUGUGUGCCAUCCAAUUAUUCAAAAGUAGUUUUUUUUUUUUUAAGAUGACCCUUUUUACCCAAAUCGUUUUACAGGAGACCUUUUAUUUACAACAAUUCACUUCCCCCUCAAAUGUAUAAAAAUGUAUUUGGUGCAGGGAGCCAAUUUUAGCGCCUAGCGCUAACUUAAAGGUUGUUUCUGAUGUGUUAGGAUGGCCUUUUUAAUGCAGUUUUAAGUGUUUGUUGGUGAUUUUCGUAGCAGAGUUAGUUUAAAGCGUAUCGUCCAACGCGAGGACCCUUUCGUCACCAUUUUUCAACGUAUACAAACACUAAAACAACCAAGAACUGUGUACCAGUUGUUUUCUUUGAAAUUUGCUGUGUUUUUACACCUUUGUAUGUUUAACAGCAGAGAUACCAAUGAACAAGCAAGUCAAGUGUAAUGUUGUCACUAAAUGUGUUUGUGUCUAGCAUCGAAUUUUCUAACGUGUACUCUGGCUAAAGAUCUGCUCUGUUCGUAUGGUGCAUGUUUGGGCCGUGCAUCACAGAGUUUGUGUUGUUCUCAAUCAUAAGUGUGUGUUUGUGUGUGUGCGCGCAGUUUACUGCAUUAGGUGUCGAUGAAGUGCUCGGUCAGGCUACCCCACCCUUCCUACCUUAAUACUGGUCAGCUUUAUUUUACACUUCUAGUUUGUAUUUAUUCCUGAAGCUCAGGCAGCGUCAUAUUUUGGGGGAUGAAACCGAACUGUGCUCUUAUGAAAGAAGUGCUCCUUUUAAGUCUGUGCUCUGCUGAGGAGGAUUUCAACACGUGCUCUGAUUUGUGUAUUGCAAAUAUUUCCCCCUCUGUACGAAGUUUGUGUUCAGUCUUUUUUUAAACUUUCCCUUACAGUCCGACACUAUACAGUCCCCCCCACCCGUGUUUGUAUGUUCAGCAACUCACUACUGUUAUUCUGAAUUUCAUACUAAAGAUUGAAAGGUUUUAGGGUAGUUCAUUUAUCAUGCUCCUUGUUUUGUGCCUUUCAGAUUUAUUUUAGAUAUCAGGUCUUUGUUUGAAAAGGCGAGGGCCUUUUAACAAUAAAUCCUAUCUACAUUUCGCUUGGCUUUUUCUUAUGUAACCAAGUCAGUUUACUGUUUGUACAUGGUUUCAUUUACUGAUUCACCAAAAUGUUUGUCACUGAUUCGCAUCUCUAUGAAGGCUGUAUUAUGUAAGUAUAGUUCUUAAGUAGCUUGAAAACCAAGUUUUUUGCCUUUGUUGAACUUUAUUAAAGCACUAUUAAAAUUUGA